CUGUAUGCCAGCGAAGUAAUCUGAGCGACGGGCACCACCUUCGGAUUGCCUCAACUGUCGGCAUUUACUCCUAUCUACUGAGGCUGACGGGUUCUGCUGUAGGCAUUCUGUACACAAGACUUUGCCUUCCGUCUCUGGGGAGAAAGUUUGUACAGACAAAUAUACUGUGGAAUCAUGUCUUCCUCAGCGAUCUAUAUUUUAGACGUCAAAGGAAAGGUGCUGAUAUGUCGCAACUACCGAGGAGAUAUAGAUAUGUCAGCGAUUGACAAGUUUAUGCCACUGUUGAUGGAUAAGGAAGAAGAAGGGAAUGUGACGCCCAUACUACAGCAUGGAAAUAUUGCUUAUGUCUACAUAAAAUACAACAACCUCUAUCUAGUGUCAACUACCAAGAAAAAUGCUAGCGCCACUAUGGUCUUUUCAUUUUUACAUAAAAUUGUACAGAUUUUUGCUGAAUAUUUUAAAGAACUAGAAGAAGAAAGUAUCCGUGAUAAUUUUGUAGUUAUUUAUGAGCUUUUGGAUGAAAUAAUGGAUUUUGGUUAUCCCCAGACCACAGAUAGUAAAAUAUUACAGGAGUAUAUCACUCAAGAAGGCCACAAACUGGAGAUUGCCCCCCGACCUCCAAUGGCUGUCACUAACGCAGUAUCAUGGAGAUCAGAGGGAAUCAAAUACAGGAAGAAUGAGGUUUUCCUGGAUGUGAUUGAAUCGGUCAAUUUAUUGGUGAGUGCUAACGGCAAUGUUUUGCGUAGUGAAAUUGUUGGCUGCAUCAAGAUGCGAGUUUAUCUGUCUGGGAUGCCAGAGCUUCGACUUGGUCUCAACGAUAAAGUGCUCUUUGAGAGUACUGGAAUAGGAGGAAAAAGCAAGUCUGUGGAGCUGGAAGAUGUGAAAUUCCAUCAAUGCGUUCGGUUGUCAAGAUUUGAAAAUGAUCGCACCAUCUCCUUCAUUCCACCAGAUGGAGAAUUUGAACUUAUGUCUUACCGCUUAACCACUCAUGUGAAACCUCUGAUUUGGGUUGAGUCUGUGAUUGAACGUCACGCCCAUAGCCGUGUCGAAUAUAUGAUUAAAGCUAAAAGUCAGUUCAAGCGCCGUUCCACAGCGAACAAUGUGGAAAUCAUCAUUCCAGUCCCACAAGAUGCUGACUCCCCUAAAUUCAAGACUACUGUUGGAAGCUGCAAAUAUACCCCAGAAUUAAAUGCUGUUAUCUGGACAAUAAAAUCUUUUCCCGGUGGGAAAGAAUAUUUGAUGAGAGCUCACUUUGGUCUCCCAAGUGUUAUUGGAGAGGACUCAGAAGGCAAGCCCCCUAUACAAGUCAAAUUUGAAAUUCCUUAUUUUACAGUUUCAGGAAUACAGGUACGCUACUUGAAAAUCAUCGAGAAGAGUGGUUACCAAGCUCUACCAUGGGUGCGUUAUAUCACCCAAAACGGAGACUACCAAUUACGUACCAAUUAAUGAAUGAGAAACAAAAAAACAAAAAAAAAAAUCAAACAAAACAAAACAAACUCACUAACAGAUUGGAAAAG